AUGGGAACCGAUUACUAUAAGCUACUCGGAGUCGACAGGAAUGCCAAUGAGGAUGAGAUCAAGAAGGCGUACAAGAAGAUGGCUCUAAAAUGGCAUCCAGAUCGCAACGGGGGGUCAGAAGAUGCGAACAAGAAGUUCAAACAGAUUUCAGAAGCCUUCGAGGUGCUCAGUGAUAAGCAAAAGAGGACCAUUUAUGACCAGUUCGGCGAGGAAGGACUGAAGGGCGGUGGUGCACCGCCACCAGGUGCAGGAGGAACCCCGGGAGGCGGCUAUUCCAACUUUGGCGGCUUUCCUGGCGGAGGCACUACAUUCUCGUUCACGUCGGGCCCAGGAAGCGGUUUUGGUGGACGCAGUAGUUUUUCACCAACAGACCCCCAGAAGAUAUUUGAACAAUUCUUCGGUCCGGGCGGUUUGGGAGGAAUGGGAGGAAUGGGCGGGAUGGGCGGUUUAGGUGGCGGAGGCCGCAGUCGCAUGGCCAACGUCUUCGAUGGCGACGAUGACAUGUCUGGCUCCUUCUUCAGCGGGAUGCCAGGCGGGAUGCCAAGUGGCAGGCCCUCACCACGGCCAAGCCCACAACGGCGACCAUCAGCCAGCCCACCGUCCGAAAUCACACGCGCGCUGAAGGUUUCACUAGAGGACCUUUACUCUGGCACAACGAAGCACCUGAAGGUCGGCCGCAAGCUCCUCAGCGGCGACACGGAGGACAAGGUGCUCGAGAUCCAAGUCCAACCUGGCUGGAAGAGCGGCACGAAGGUGCGCUUCCCCCACGCAGGCAACGAGCAAGCGACAGGCGAGGCGCAAGAUCUCGUGUUCGUCGUUGAGGAGAAACCACACGACCGCUUUGUCCGCGAGGGCAAUAAUCUUGUUACGCGUGUAUCAACAUCGCUCGUGGACGCGCUGACAGGCGACGGCGGCAAGAAGACGGUCGAGGUGCUCGACGGGCGGAAGCUACAGGUCGCGCCUCCGAGUGGCAUCGUCAAGCCCGGCUCGGAGACGGUUGUGUCCGGUGAGGGCAUGCCAAUCCGGCAGCAGGGCAGUGUGCGGAGGAAAGGUGACCUCAUCGUCAAAUGGGACGUCGCCUUCCCUGAGCGAUUAACGCCCGCUCAGAAGGACGGUAUUCGGAAAGUGCUUGGCUAGACUGCAUGAUGCUAGAGGACGGUUCAGGACAAUGCCCGUGAUGUAUUAGUAUUACUGUAGUAGUGUAGGCGCAAUAUUUCUCCUUAGUUCCUUUGCAA